AAUUUAUGCAGGCUUUUCAAAGAACUGUACGAAUUAGCAUAUUCUCUACCACGUGUGCUUUUUUCACAAUGAGGUAAGCGUGCUCGCUCUGUACAUAUUUGUUUUCUUAAAUGUCAAAAAUAAAUAAAACAUAAUCUUAUUUGGGAAAAAAGCCUAUCAGCCUAACAGAAGGUUUAAGAUGACUCAGACAUCUUCACCCGGCUUUUCGGCCUGCUUUUUAUAUUCAUUGAGAAAAGGAAGAAAGAAAUGUAAAAAUAUUGUAACCCCACUAUAUCUAAUUAAACGCUGAAUAUUGUGAUACAUAAUGUUUUAAAACUAUUAGUAAGGUAGCGAACAUUUAUUAAACAUAUCAAAGAUGAGGCGGAGGAGGAGGUCUCGGAUAUUACACAAUUGGCUCUCCUGAUGUCUACGUGAAUUCCUGUGAACCUUACUGGAAUGUGCGUAAAGAAAGUUCAAGAGCGAGUAAAAAUAUCUUGUUAUUAAUAGUGUUAUUUCUUGGAAGGUUGUUUUUUUCCCCAUCUUUUUUUGUAUCCUGUAUUAGAGAGUCCCUUGUUUCGCUCUCAGCUCAAGACAGAGUAGUUUAAGUGAUUCCUAAUGCGUUCCAAAAAUAUUUCUAAAUCCGGUCAUUGAGGUCGCCAACCUGUUCUUGGCACCGUUUUCCUCUGUCUCUGUAUGUCGCUAUACGCCCUCUCUCCACGAUUGGCUCUCUCUGAAGGCAGGGCAGUAUAAAUACUCUCAAGUUACGGUACAUGCUUUCCAACUUUUCGGAAGCCCCCAGUUAGCGCCCUGAGGUUCCAACAUGCCUGUUCUUAGAAACCUCACCAAGGUAGCCAAGCAAGCCCUGCUGAGCACCCCGGGGUGCGGCUGCCAGCCCCUGACGGUGGCUGUUCGUACCAUCAGCUUCUCUCCCCGGCAGGUUACAUCGGAUGCAAGCUUCCACUCUGUGUCUUUUUCAGAAACAGAUCACCCCAAGGUGCUAAUCACAGGUGGCCUUGGGCAACUUGGAGUCGGGCUGGCCAAACUGCUGAGGAAGAGAUUUGGCAAGAACAAUGUCAUUCUGUCUGACAUCAGGAAACCUCCCAAUAAUGUGUUUCACAGCGGUCCCUUUAUCUACUCAGACAUCCUAGACUACAAGAACUUAAGAGAAAUUGUGGUGAACAACCGCAUCACUUGGCUGGUUCACUACAGCGCCCUCCUCAGUGCAGUCGGAGAGGCUAACGUGGCCUUGGCACGCUCUGUGAAUAUCACUGGGCUUCACAAUAUCCUGGACAUUGCUGCAGAGCAUGGCUUGCGGCUGUUUGUCCCAAGCACCAUCGGAGCUUUUGGUCCCUCUUCGCCCCGUAACCCAACGCCAGAUCUGUGUGUGCAGAGACCUCGCACUAUCUAUGGGGUGUCCAAAGUUCAUGCAGAGUUAAUGGGAGAGUAUUACCAUCACCGCUAUGGCCUGGACUUCCGGUGUCUCCGUUACCCAGGAAUCAUCUCUGCAGACUCUAUGCCAGGAGGUGGCACAACAGACUAUGCAGUUCAGAUUUUUCAUGAUGCAAUCAAGACGGGCAAGUUUGAGUGCAACUUGAGGCCUGACUCGCAGCUACCCAUGAUGUACAUCGACGACUGCCUACGUGCCACCCUGGAGGUGUUGGAGGCACCUGCUGACACUUUGAGCAUGAGGACAUACAACAUCAACGCCAUGAGUUUCACACCUGAGGAACUGGCCCAGGAGCUCAGGAAGCAGAUGCCGGAGCUGGAGGUCACAUACAACAUCGACCCAGUACGACAGGCAAUUGCUGAUAGCUGGCCCAUGGACUUUGAUGACUCCAACGCACGGAAGGACUGGGGAUGGAAACACGACUACGAUCUCCCAGAGCUGGUCCAGACAAUGCUUAACUACUUAGGAGUGGAAAGGUGCAUGGCUCAUGCCAAUUGAGAUGCCCCAUUAAAGUAUAUAUAUUUUUGUAUAUAAUGUAAAAUUUUACCCAAGAGAAUGGAGAAACUUUGUCUGUACAUAAUUGUUCUCUCAAUUCUCUGAGCAAAAAACAGAAGUAAAGGGCUGUGCUUGUCUGCUACAUGGCUACCAUCUCUACAGAAUGUAAAGGUGCAGUACAAGAGAAAGAUACCUUUCUGUUGAACAUCUUGUUUGCUCGCCUUUCCCUUUUAAUUCUUGAACAUUUGGGUUACAAGUGAAAGGGUGUAGAGUCUGCGUCAGGUUGAACCGCUUGAUCAGUAGAAAUCGAUUACUAGGAGAUUGACCUGCAUCUGGAGGGAGUUGCACGACAUUUUGCAACAUUUUCUAAUAAUGAUUUUCAAAAAUGCUGAUUGUAUUGUUUUUUUUUGUUUGUUUGUUUCUUUUUGUUUUUUUGUUUUUUUUUACCUGGAUCAGGUUUUUUUUUCCAGGAAUGAAAAUUAGAAAUACAAGUUGUAUUUUUGAUUGUACUGUAUGUGAGGUGACUGAACGUAAAAAUCCGGGGAAAUGAUUAACUGAUACUACUCAGUAAUUAGUGUAUUUUCCAUAUUCUGUUAUUUAUUCUUUCCCCGUUAAAUGUUUGGAAGCUCUAUUGCCCCAAAUCAUUUGAUGCUCUGUUAUGUGUUUCUCUUCAGGUUUUGUUAUUUAAUGUUUUUUUCACCAGCGUUGACAUUAUUUUGACAAAAAAAAAAAAAAAAAAAA